ACAUUAUUAUUGCAGUGCUAUAAACAUAAAAUAAAUACUAUAAAGUCUUAGAAACAAAAAUGGCGAGAGAAUGUGUAGUUGUGAUUAAGUGUUGUUUUUUAUUUUGUUUAUUUAUUAAUAAUAUAUAUGCAUCAAUUGACAGAGGAUUCAGUGACAUCGAAUUAUAUGACAUUAAUCCAACAUAUUUAGAUAAUUUUGACGACACAUUUAUUGAUAUAAAAAGAGUACGUAAACGAGAUGUAACAAAUACCAAAGAUGAAAAUCCUAUAGACACCAAUAGAAGCGAUCGAGUUUUAAAUCCAACAGCAACAACGAAGUUUGAAAAUAAAACAAUAACAAAAACGAAAAUAACAAUUUUAUCUGAUACACCGAAUAAAUUAUUAGGUGUAAAUGGUACAGGACAACGAUUGCAUUAUGACGAAACUGAAAAACCAACACAUGUACUUGAAACAAUUCACAAAGCAACUGAUAACAUUACAACGAAUUCAAAUGUAUCACUCAACAAUAGCAUAGCACCUAACAUAAAUAUAACAAAAACCAAUCAAACGAGCGAAAAUAAUGAUAAUGAUGAUGAAAUAUCAAUCGAUAAAUUUACUUUAAAAGAAGAGGAACAAAUUUUAGACAAGGAAAUAAUUGAAAAAAAUUACACAAAAAAGUAUGAAGAGGAUCAUUUAUAUUAUUCGAGUACCUUUAUGGUAGAUCCAGUAGCCGCUAAUAAGCAUUGGGUUGACAUGGAUAAUCAUAGUGAUGUUAAAGUUAAUGAAUUAUUGUCGCAGUCGCAUCGAAGAGCAGCGACGGUGAAAUUAUCAUUUGAUUUUCCAUUUUAUGGUCAUCCAAUACGUAAUAUCACUAUUGCAACUGGUGGUUUUCUUUAUACGGGGGAAUAUGUUCACUCAUGGUUGGCAGCUACACAAUAUAUAGCACCGUUAAUGGCAAAUUUCGAUACAAGUUUGUCGAACGAUAGUUUUGUGAAAUAUGUAGAUCGUGGUGAUUCUUUUACCGUACUCUGGGAAAAAGUAUCAUUACGUGACAAACCUAAUGAUGGUGAAUUUACAUUUGAAGCAACAUUACAUAAAAAUGGGGAUAUAGUUUUUGUAUAUAAAGAUGUUCCUGUUAUUAUUGAAGAUAUCAAAGAUGAUCAUCAUCCGGUAAAAGUUGGGCUUUCCGAUGCAUAUAUUAUUGAUCGCACAAUAUUCUUUGUACGACGUAAAACAAUUUAUGAAUAUCACCGUGUACAAUUUGUUCGUCAAGAUAUUAAAAAUUGGACUGUGAUAUAUUUGCGUGCGACACAAACAUGUUUAGAAAUGAAAGAUUGUGCAAGUUGUUUGACACAAGUAAAACAUUUUACAUGUAAAUGGUGUGAGACUAUGAAAAAAUGUUCAAAUGGAAUAUUUCGUAAACGCCAAGAUUGGAUGUUUAACGGUUGUGAACAACAUCAAAUUUCAAAUGCAAGUCGUUGUUCAGCAGCAGAGAAAAGUGAAUAUUUUAAUAAUACAAAUAAAAUGAAUCAAAAUGAGGAUUCAUCAAUAAUGGAUGCAAAAAAGUCAGCAUCAAUUCAACAUCAAGAUAAUUUGCAUAGAUCCCAAUCAAACGAUGAAAAUAUGGGAUUGUCUAGUGUAAUUGGUGUUAUGUUUUUAUUGGGUUUAGUUUGUGUGUUAGUUGGUUGGGUUUUAUAUGCUUACAGAAAUCCUCAUACAAGUAGUGGGCAAUUUUUAAUUAGGCAAGGAUGGGAUUGUUGUUCUACUUCACAGUAUCGGCCGAGUCAAUGGAGUUGGCGAAGAGGAGAAGCCCGUUACACAGCAGCUACUAUUCAUAUGUGACCACUUAUUAUUAUUUUGUCUUAAUCUCAUUUUAUAUAUUAUAUAUCUAGUCUUUCCUGAUGAUAAAUUUCAUGGCUGGUAUCUAGAUAUACAACAAAAAAAUUAAAUAAAAUUAAAAAAAAGAAACUAUAAUUAAACAAAAAAAAAUCAUU